AUGUUCUUUGUCGUGUUCCUUGUUUUGAUGUUCUUUGUCUUGUUCCUUGCCCUCUAUGUGGUCACUCUCCUAGGAAAUCUGGGAGUCAUUGUGUUGAUCCAGAUCGAUCCAUGCCUCCACACCCCCAUGUACUUCUUCCUGAGCCACUUGUUGGACAUCUGCCACUCCUCCACCACCAUUCCCCAGAGUCUGAGGGGUUUUUUGGUGGAGAAAAAGGUGAUUUCCUUCACGAGAUGCAUCACCCAGCUCUUCUCCUUUGCCACCUGGGCCACCACCAAGUGCCACAUGCUGGUUUCCAUGGCCUACAACAUCUGCAGGCCUCUGCUUGACUCCGUGCCCGUGUCCCAGAGGAUUUGUGCUGGGAUGUUGGCCGGGACCCACCUGGCUGGAGAGCUCAGCUCCACUCUCCACACGGUUUCCAUAUUCCACACCCCAUUCCGCCGCUCCCGGGCCACCGAGCGCUUUUUUUGUGACGGGGCCCCACUGCCGGCCCUGUCCUGCUCCGACACCCGCGCCAGCGAGGCCGUGGUGGGGCUCAACGUGCUGAGCACCACGGCCUUCACCCUGGUGUCCUCCUCAUCCGUCCUUGCCACCGUCCCGCGCACAGCAGCCUCCAUCCUCACGUACCUGCGCGCUGUCCUGGAGCAGGACAAGUUCAUCUCCCCGCUGGAUUCCGUCACCGUCCCCGUGCUGAGCCCGUUCGUGUACAGCCGUAGGAAGGCGGACGUGAGGAACGCCGUGCGGGAAGCACCAAGCAGGAUCCUCACUGCCUGGUCCAUCCGUGGCUCCCGCUCAGCUGAAAGGAGAGGACAACCCCGCCGUGGUGAAGGGUGUUGGAUUUCGGACCCUCGGGAAGAGAGGUUGGGUAGCAGACCCUCAGGAUUCCAGGGUCGUAAUCUGGACUCAUCUUUCAAGCGACUGGUGCUGUGAUCUCCCUGCAGCAGCAACGCAGGGAAGGGAUGAGACAUCUCCUGGCAUUGUCCGGAGCGCAGGAACGGAGGGGGAACGUGGCAGAGCAGAGCCUGGGUGGGAGAUGAGGUACCAGCACAGGAGCUGGGGAGACUCCAACCCUUUGGGGGGCUGCUCUGCCCUCUCUUGAUUUCUCCCCCUUUUUUGGGGGGUGUCCAUGUGGAAAGUGCUUUUAUGGAAGCACCGAGCUGCUGGCCAGGGCACUUGGACUCGUUUUGUGCCUUCUCUGAUGGAGAGGGAAAGGGAGAUGGGGGAGUCCAGGGGGUGAUGUUGUCACUUGGGACACCCUAAUGUCUGUGGAUGGGGAGUGGGUGAGUGAGGGAUGAGGGGGGUCAGACGGGGUCCCCCCCAAAACCCAAGGGAGGUUAUAGCCCAAAAAAUGCCUCAAAAUUCGUGAGUGGUUUGUGUGUAAAAUACUUUAAACUGCAAAGAUUUUCAUUUUCUAUCUAUUGAGAAAUAAUCUUAAUUUAUAUAUAAAUUGUCUAAAAAUAAGCCCCCGUAUCUGCUGUGUUAUAGUCAGGAUUUUAGACUGUAAGAAACUCCGCAUAUGGAUCUGUAGUGUUUGGAAAUAAAAAUACAACGUUUGUGUAUAUAAAUGAAACAAUAAAGGGCUUGAAAAGGUAAGACA